AUGGCGCGGCUCCUCGUACUCGCAGUCACCACCGUGCUGCUGCUCCUCGCCGCCGGCGCGACCGCCCAGCAGCAGGGCUGCGAGAACGCGACGUUCCCGGCGGGCCGGUCGUUCGCGCGGUGCAACACCCUGCCCGUGCUCGGCGCCGGCCUGUACUGGACGUACCACGCCGCGAACGGCACUGCCGAGCUCGCGUUCCGCGCGCAGUCCGACGCCGCCGGCUGGGUCGCCUGGGGCAUCAACCCCAGCGGCGCCGGCAUGGCCGGGAGCAACGUCUUCGUCGCCUCGCAGGGCGGCAGCGGCGCCGUGUCCGUGCUCACCACCAUCCUGCGCACCACGUCCCCCGCCCUGGACAACACCACCCUCUCGUUCGCCGUGCCGGUGCCGCCCACCGCCGAGUACGCGGCCGGCGCGUACACGAUCUACGUGACGGUGGCGCUGCCGGGGAACUCCACACAGCAGAACACGGUGUGGCAGGCCGGCCCGCUCAGCGGCGGGGCCAUAAUGGCGCACCGGAUGUCCGGCCCGAACCUGCAGAGCGUCAAGAGGCAGGACUUCCUGUCCGGCUAG